CGCCCGCCGCGGGCGCGGGGGUGGGGGCGGUGGUCAGAGGCCCGGGCAGUGCGGUCCGCCGCUGCUGCCGCCCGUCCUCGCGGACCGAGCCGGGACACCAUGUCACAAGAAGAGUGAGCUCUUGCUGUUUUCACCAUGGAGGAGUCGGGAAAGACUUUCAGCUCUGGGGAGGAAGAGGCAAACUACUGGAAAGAUAUGGCUAUGACCUACAAGCAAAGGGCAGAGAACACGCAGGAGGAGCUCCGAGAAUUCCAGGAGGGCAGCCGCGAAUACGAAGCCGAACUGGAGACGCAGCUGCAGCAGAUCGAAACCAGGAACAGGGACCUUUUGUCGGAAAAUAACCGCCUCCGCAUGGAGCUGGAGACCAUCAAGGAGAAGUUUGAAACGCAGCACUCGGAAGGCUACCGGCAGAUCUCAGCCUUGGAGGAUGACCUUGCCCAGACCAAAGCAAUUAAGGAUCAACUUCAGAAAUACAUCCGAGAGCUGGAGCAAGCAAACGAUGACUUGGAAAGAGCAAAACGGGCCACAAUCAUGUCUCUGGAAGACUUUGAACAGCGUUUGAAUCAAGCCAUUGAAAGAAAUGCCUUCCUGGAGAGCGAACUGGACGAGAAGGAGAAUCUCCUAGAAUCUGUUCAGCGGCUGAAGGAUGAAGCCAGAGAUUUGCGGCAGGAGUUGGCUGUGCAGCAGAAGCAGGAGAAGCCCAGGACCCCCAUGCCCAGCUCAGUGGAGGCCGAAAGGACAGACACAGCCGUGCAGGCCACUGGCUCUGUGCCGUCCACACCCGUGGCUCAUCGGGCACCCGGCGCUAGCUUAAACACGCCAGGGACCUUCAGACGCGGUCUGGACGACUCCACGGGUGGGACCCCCCUCACUCCUGCAGCACGGAUAUCGGCCCUCAACAUUGUGGGAGACCUGCUUCGGAAAGUAGGGGCCCUGGAGUCGAAGCUUGCGUCCUGCCGGAACUUCGUGUAUGAUCAGUCCCCAAACCGAACGAGUGGCCCAGCCUCGGGCCGGGGGAGCAGGCACAGAGAUGGCGGUGAGAGACAGCUGAGCAGCACCGGUGUGCCUCUGGGUGACAAAGGGUUGGGAAAACGCCUGGAGUUUGGGAAGCCGCCUUCAAAUAUUUCCGCACCGUCGCUGCCGUCAACCCAGGGUGUAGUCAAGAUGUUGCUUUAGGAAAUCCACGGAAGCUGAUGCCCCAGUGUGUCCGUGCGGGAGUCCUGCCUUUCUUCCCCUCUUUAAACUAGGUGUUUGUGUUUUUAAGUUAGUUUGAGAAAUAGGAGCAAACAGUCACAUUAGCCAACGAGGCCAUCGCCCAUGGUCAUCCCAGGGAAAUGUGUCAUGAUCCCCAUCCUUGCUGGUGUGGACAGGGACAAACGGGACCGUCUGGUAAGGGCUCAGAGGUGUGGAAGCUGAGGCUACCCCAUCUCUGGAGCUGACCUGAGUCCUGAAUGGUUUUGAGAUGAGUUUUUAAUGGCUGGAGAUGCCUUAACUGUGGCGUGUGAGCCCACCUCAGGACAGAAUCCCCCAGUGCUCUGUGGCGCGGGAAGUGUCUGUGUAAUGAAGUCAUGUCUAGGAGAGAGGAGCACAAUAGGCACAUGCCUUUUUAAAAAGAAACUAUGCUGUCGUGUACCUCUGGGACUUUUUAAUCUGCCUCUCCCUGAGGCACUGAGAAGAGGUGCUUGUGUUUCUGAGGAGAUCUUAAGCUUCCUUGUCAAAGAAGAAACAAACACGGGAUUUCCACGUGGACGUUGUGUGUACUCAACCCCACUUAGUGUGAGCUGCCGUCUCACACCGUUGGAGGCAAGUAAAAAGAACACACGACAUCAGGAGCAUGCCUGCAGCUUAAUGACCUUUUGUCACUAAAUUAUUUUUCCAAAAGAAUAGCAAAAACGUCCUUGAGUUGAAGAUAGAACUUUGCAAGUGCUACUGAAAUUCAACAGACAGUUGGGCUCUGCUGGCCGGCUCCUUACCCUAGGAACAUUCUAACCUGUAUCGGUGAAAGACAUACUUUUAUUUUUUUAAACGAACAAUAAAAUCAAGAGAAACUAAGUUUCACCUA